ACCAAACUAGUAAUUCGUUUAGAUAAUAAAACGGAUGCUGAUAUGAGAUCUUCUCAUCGUUCUUGUUUAUUGUACUCUUGAUUAGUUUCGCAUUUCAAUCACCGGUUCGGUCCGUGCUUCCCGGCAAACGAAACUGGUAAUGGAUUAACCAAUAGACAACAUCACAAGCAGAUCCUUGAAGAUCUCACUAUCAAAUCUUGGAGCCGCGACAAUGAAUGCUGCUAACUUUUCAAUAAGAAUCUGUAGAUAUCAUUUGUUAGAUAAAAACUUAGGGCAGUUAUGGCCAUCUCUUAAUACCUUCUGUUCCAAACUUUUCAAAUCCAGAAUCAAUAUUAGAAAAUUACAUGAAUCCUCAAAGACAAGCAAAACAGUUCGAAAGGAAAAACCUCCUUGGAAUAUUCUAUUCUUUGGUUCUGAUGCAUUUUCUUUGGAAACUUUGAAAAAACUUAUUGAUAAUAUGAAUACAAGCCCUACCCCGACUGUGCAGUCUGUGGAAGUUGUUUGCAAGACUACGCAAUGUUUGGUGAAUAACUUUGCCGAAGAAAACCACCUCAAGCUAUACUCAUGGCCAAUUGCUGUCAUGAAAAAUAAGUACGAUAUCGGAGUCGUGGUGUCUUUUGGAUGUCUGAUUCCUGGAAAGAUUAUCCGAAUGUUUCCACAUGGAAUUCUCAAUGUCCAUGCGAGCCUUCUGCCUCGGUGGCGUGGUGCAGCUCCUAUCAUCCAUACCAUAGUGAAUGGAGACACAGUCACUGGUGUUUCAGUAAUGAAGAUCAGGCCUAAAAAGUUUGACAUUGGUUCAAUACUUAACACAAAGAGUGUCCCUGUACCACAAGCUUGUACCUCAACGCAACUACAGACUUUACUAGCUACAGAAGGUGCAGAAAUACUUCUGCAUACGUUGUCCCAAAUUCCAUUUCACGAAGACCAAGAGAAGGAGCAAGAACAAGCAAAUGUCACCUAUGCACAUAAACCCACCACAGAGAUGACAUACAUCAACUGGGAAGAGCAGACCUGUGAUAUGAUUGAUAGACAGUACAGAGCUUUCCACGAAAGGGUCUAUUUGAAAACAAUUUGGGAUUGCAAAGUUGUGAAGUUAUUAGACAUGGUUGAUAAUGAAACCGCAAAAGAAUACCAUGUCGAUUCGUUACUGAAGCAGAAGCUAUUGGUAAAUUCCUCAGACGACGUUCACCCUGGAACUGUGUUACAUUACAAGAAAGCUAACUGUUUGAUGAUUAAGUGCCUCGAUGGUUGGGUGGCCUUUCAGAGAAUCAUCAAGGGUAAAACGAUGACUGCUCAAGAGUUUCAGAAUGGGUUUCUUUGUAAAGUACCUGCAAACAAGAUUUGUAAAUUUGACAGCCAAAAGAAUUAUUUGUAUGAAGAUAUUUAUAAUAAAAAACGAACAGUCCGAAGUUAGAAACAUAA